CCGCGCGCCUCAUCCGGUCCUGGCACAGCUUCCGGUAUAAGAGCGCUGCUGGAGCUAAGCUCCUUGGCGCAAUUUUUUAUUCCCUGAAUCCGUCGUGAAUCUGCGGCAUCCUCUCUGCAGCCAUGACGGUGGGGAAAAGCAGCAAAAUGCUGCAGCACAUUGACUUCAGAAUGCGCUGCAUUCUGCAAGAUGGCCGCAUCUUCAUUGGAACCUUCAAAGCAUUUGACAAACAUAUGAAUCUUAUCCUUUGUGAUUGUGACGAGUUCAGGAAGAUCAAGCCCAAGAAUUCUAAACAGCCAGAACGUGAAGAGAAGAGGGUUCUCGGCCUAGUUUUACUAAGAGGGGAGAAUCUGGUGUCAAUGACAGUGGAGGGCCCACCUCCAAAAGAUACUGGCAUUGCAAGAGUACCUCUGGCUGGAGCUGCUGGAGGACCAGGAGUUGGUAGAGCAGCUGGAAGAGGUGUUCCAGCUGGUGCUCCUAUGCCACAAGCACCUGCUGGUUUAGCCGGACCAGUCAGGGGUGUGGGAGGACCCUCUCAGCAGGUAAUGACGCCUCAGAACCGAGGUAACGUGGCUGCUGCAGCAGCAGCUGCCACAGCUAGUAUUGCUGGAGCCCCAACACAGUACUCGGCAGGAGGUCGUGGGGGUCCACCACCACCAAUGGGCAGAGGAGCACCUCCACCAGGCAUGAUGGGACCACCUCCAGGAAUGAGACCACCUAUGGGCCCACCAAUGGGUAUGCCUCCAGGCCGAGGAGGACCAAUGGGAAUGCCUCCUCCUGGCAUGAGGCCGCCACCUCCUGGAAUGAGAGAAGCGGAUGUUACCGAUACUCUGAGUUCCAGUUUAUCCUCUGAAUAUCUUACAAGGAGCCAGCCGUGAUACUGUAGUUUGAGCCUUGCAGAGAAAAAGGCUGUGGAAAGAAGAACAAUUCUGAGCCAACAAUUAUGGAGAAGGAGUACCGCCACCACCUCUGUCUCCACACCCUCCUGCUACUGAUGCCUUACAGCAAAGAGGUGAAUGACUGCUACAAGUAGUUAUGGAGGAUUAGUACCACCUCCUCUGUACAACAGGAUCUUCACCCUCCUGCUUCCGUACAGCAAAGAGGUUAAUGGCUGCUAUCUGCCAUGAUGGAGAAAGACUAUCAGAACCACCUCUAGAUUAAGGCCUUACGGGGCACUAGGCAAGAUACAGGUUUGGGAACCCUAAUCUCACCCUGAUCCAUUCCUGCAAAAAAAUCCUUUUUUACACAAACUGGAGCUCAAGGCAGAACUUAAACCGCUUCCCCUGCCCACUGCAGAAAUAAAAAGUAAAUCAUAAAGAAACUAAACAUAUAGGGGACUGUUUAAGAAUAAACGGUAAUCAUGGUUUAUCUCCGCCAUGGAAAAUCUUCUAUUGCCAUAAUGAACUAAUAAAACGUAGGCUCCUAAUAAUGGCUGGCAGCUGUGAGAGGACUUACGUCUUCACCAGCCAGGUUGGGGGCCUCCUGCCGGCCAGAUUGUGCAUGAGCUAGUGAAUUGGAAGAACAGACUUUGUUGAAAACAAAUUAAUAUGAAAAUAAAUGUUAAAAAAAGCUCAGGUUUAUCAACCCAAAUAUCCGGUGGCAGGCCCCCUAGGGCUAGGUGACAGAGGAGCAUGUGUUGGGCUACACCAGUCAGAGCUCAGCACACUUCUUUGUCUUAUUUGUGCUCAAUGAUAAAUAAGAUGAUGGUCCUUAUGUAAUGACGCCCGAGUUCAGCAGCCGUGCGGGAUGAUGGCCAAACUCAGACUUUUUUAAAAGGGAAAUCACUUAAAAGACAUGGUUUUGCCUUGUAAGUGAUUGCCCCUUUAGUAAAAACUUCAGAUUGUGGCCAGCAUCCCGCACGGCCAUCGAACUCAGGCGUCAUUGCAUCCAGCCCCGUGGGAGUCGCUAGAAUGAAGUGGUAUCCUGCCCCCAGUGUUAAUUUUUGAGAAAAGGUUUGUAUUCCAGUGGUGUACUUAUUGUACCAGUUUAUGGAACGUCUGUGUGAUGACAGUUAAUAAAUGUAAAAGUUAAAGCCUA